GUGUAUAUAAUACACUACUAACGCACAGACGCCAAACCCACGAGGAAACACAUAGAGAGGGAGAGAUGGGUGGUUGGGCAAUAGCGGUUCACGGCGGCGCUGGUGUCGACCCAAACCUACCACCAGAGCGCCAAGACCAAGCCAAACAACUGCUCACUCGCUGCCUUAAUCUCGGCAUCUCUGCUCUUCGCUCUUCCCUCUCUGCUAUCGAUGUCGUCGAACUUGUCGUGAGAGAAUUGGAAUCUGAUCCACUGUUCAAUUCUGGCCGUGGAUCUGCACUAACGGAGAAAGGAACGGUGGAGAUGGAGGCUAGCAUCAUGGAUGGGCCAGGCAGGCGAUGCGGCGCCGUUUCGGGGCUAACUACCGUGAAAAACCCAGUAUCACUAGCCCGCCUCGUGAUGGAAAAGUCGCCGCAUUCCUAUCUUGCCUUCUCUGGUGCUGAAGAAUUUGCCAAACAACAUGGUGCGGAGGUGGUGGACAAUCAAUACUUUAUCACGGAGGACAGCGUUGGAAUGCUGAAAUUGGCAAAAGAAGCCAACACCAUCAUGUUUGAUUAUAGAAUCCCAAUUGUUGGAUUAGAAUCAUGCAGCGCAGUUGUGGAUAGCCCAUUGCUUAUGAAUGGACUGCCAAUCGGAGUCUACGCACCGGAGACAGUUGGCUGUGUGGUGGUGGAUAGCCAGGGCCGGUGCGCGGCUGCCACUUCCACAGGUGGACUCAUGAACAAAAUGACUGGUCGCAUCGGUGACUCGCCCCUGAUCGGUGCUGGCACCUAUGCGUGUGAUUUAUGUGGAGUCUCGUGCACUGGUGAAGGCGAGGCCAUCAUACGUGGAACCCUGGCGCGGGAUGUGGCAGCUCUGAUGGAGUACAAAGGCUUAGGCCUCCAAGAGGCUGUGGACUAUGUGAUCAAUGAAAGACUUGACCAAGGGAAGGCUGGGUUGAUAGCCGUGUCCAGAAAUGGGGAAGUGGCCUAUGGUUUUAAUAGUGUUGGAAUGUUUAGGGGCUGUGCUACUGAAGAUGGGUUCAUGGAAGUUGGUAUCUGGGAGUAGUAGGUAUUGACUUACUAAAUAAAAGACUAUGGCUAUUAAUUAGCGUGCUUUGUAUUAAUCAGCAUGUUGCAAUUUAGUUGCAUUAGUAUUUUAUCAAUUGCACAAAUGAACGCUGCAUCAAAAUGGGAAAAAAAUUAUUUUAAUUUUCAGGAGAGU